ACUGGGCAGCGGGCACCGGCUGGAUUUACUGGCGGGAAGGGCAUGUGUGUGUGACUGGAUAGCACCUGUCAGCGGCGGCGGCGGAUACAUGACUUUGUGUGGACUGUUUCUGCACUGAGCCGCGUAGUGAAGAAGAAGAUGGAGCAUAGUCUGAGCUGGGGCUUGACGUUUCUCUUGCUGGGUUUGCCGCAGGUCGCCUGCUCCGGGGUCUUUCAGCUGCGUCUCGACGCCUUUGUCAAUAGUAACGGGACGUUGGCGGACGGCGGGUCGUGUCUGCCGAAUUGCCGGACCUUCUUCAAGAUCUGCCUGAAGCACUACCAGACCGUGGUGUCCCCGGGGCCCUGCACCUUCGGCAGCGUGGUCACCCCGGUGCUGGAGUCCAGCGCCUUCCUGGACGGCUUCUCCAAUCACAUCAGGCUGCCCUUUAACUUCACCUGGCCGAAAACCUUUUCUCUGAUCAUUGAAGUCUUUCAUAAACCUACAGGUUCUAAUCCAGGGGAAGUGCUGGUCAGUGACUUUGUCAUCCAGAAACCGCUUAAUGUUGGCGAAGCGUGGUCCAGUGACCUCAAGGUGGGCAGAAGAAGCACUCAGCUGAAGUACUCCUACAGGGUGGUCUGCAGUGAGAACUACUACGGGGAAACCUGCUCCAGGCUGUGCAAGCCCCGCGAUGACCGCUUUGGACACUACGUCUGCGAAUCGGAUGGCAGCAUCACGUGUCUGAAGGGGUGGAGAGGAGAGUACUGCUCGAAACCAAUAUGCCUGGAUGGGUGCAGCGAGCAAAAUGGUUUCUGCAACAGCCCAGGGGAAUGCUCUUGCCGUCCUGGUUGGCAAGGCCGUUACUGCAAUGAGUGCAUUCCUCAUAAUGGAUGUAGACAUGGAACAUGCCAGAUUCCAUGGCAGUGUAUUUGUGAUGAAGGCUGGGGAGGCCUUUUCUGCGAUCAGGAUCUAAACUACUGCACUCACCAUAAACCCUGCAAAAAUGGAGCCACUUGUAUGAACACUGGCCAGGGGAGUUACACAUGCUCUUGCCGAUCUGGAUAUACCGGAGUGAACUGUGAAGAGAAGAUCAAUGAAUGCGACAGCAAUCCUUGUCGAAAUGGUGGCAGCUGCACGGAUGGGGAGAGCGGUUAUGUCUGUGAAUGUCCUCAAGGAUAUUUCGGAACCCACUGUGAACACAGUGUAUUAAAUUGUGCCGACUCUCCGUGCUUUAAUGGCGGUACAUGUAGAGAACGGGAAAUGGGUGCCAGCUAUGCAUGUCAGUGCCCACUGGGGUAUACUGGUUCCAACUGUGAAAAGAAGGUGGAUCGAUGUAUCAGCAAUCCUUGUCUGAAUGGAGGUCAGUGCUAUAUCUUCAAUUACAAGCAGUUGUGCCGCUGCCGCACCGGAUAUACAGGCCCAACGUGCGCAAUGAAUAUGAACGUGUGUGCAAAGAACCCAUGCUCCAAUGGAGGGACCUGCUAUGACAAUCAUGGCGACUAUGGAUGUAUUUGUCCUACAGGCUUUACUGGGAGGACUUGUGAUACAAAAACCAGAGAUGAAUGUGCUGCCAGUCCAUGUAAGAAUGGAGGAUCAUGCCACUUUGUGCCUAACGAAAAAAGCACGGUUUGUGUUUGUCCUCUUGGUUUCAUGGGAAGCCAGUGCGAGAUUCCAGUUGACCGUCCUAAAGACUGGGACUUUCCUUGGCUUGCUGUCUUCAUGGGCGCGGGCAUGGUGGGCCUCUUAAUCUUAUUAUGUAUGAUCUUUAUUGUUGUAAGACAUUUCCGCCAGAAGCCAAUGCAGGACACAAAGACUAUGAAUAAUUUAUCAGAUUUCCAAAAAGACAACUUGAUACCAGCGUCACAGCUUAAAAAUAUAAACAAAAAGAAGGAACUGGAGGUGGACUGUGGGCUAGAGAAAUCCAAUUACAAGCUAAAGAACCACCCAUUAGACUACAACCUAGCUAAUGGACUUAUUGGUGGUGUCAUGAAUGGAAUAGGAAAAGCAGACAAGUUCCACAAUAGUGAAAAAUGCUUAGAAGAGGAGAAGUUCCCUCUUCGUCUGCACAGUGAAAAGCCACAGUGCAGAAUAUCCACUAUAUGUUCCCCACGAGACUCCAUGUACCAGUCCAUUUAUGUGAUAGCAGAGGAACGUAAUGAAUGUGUAAUAGCUACAGAGGUGUAACGCUAAAGCCAAGCACCCAGAAGUGUAAUGUUCUCUCAAGAGCCACAAACGGAAGGCAUGCCGUGCACCUAUGUUUACAAUGCACGACUGGAGGGGAUUUCUGAGCUCAGACGGAACUUGCUGCUGUUGUAAGAUCAAAUCUGAGUUGCAGGGAUAGAUUGUGGCUUUGCUAGAGAUGCAAUAGACUUUGAUCACUAGCUCUAGUGUCGAGGCGUUUGAUCGACUGAAUGUAACAAAACUGGAGGAGGAGGAAGAGACUUUAUCAAUACAAGGUAGUUUCUAAAAGUGUCCUUUUGAAGCCUCGCAUUCUGUCUCUGUGUAAAGUUGCAAAUGUGAGGUGCUGACAGCGAACGCUAUCAUCAAUUCAUGCCUUAGACUACACAUUCCGACAGUGGAUGGGAUUCGUUUGCUAUGCAGAAUGAUGCUCGUUCUAUCAAGGUCCUGGUGUUGUCCUAAUUUAAGUUUAGAAGUGCCUAAAAGUGUCCCAAGAGAUUUUUGUAUCGGCUAAUCACUGCUUUUCUAUAUAACCUGACCAGUAUUAAGCUAUGAUUUUCUUAGUAACUCUUCGUGCAACCAAGGCAUUGGGAAAGACGCAAUGAAGAGAACGUGGACGCCAUCAUCCAUCCUUUUUCUAGUAAAUACAGCACUGUCUUAGAAUCUGUUCUAGUCUUCAACCAGCAGCUGGGCAGCCGUACAUUGCAUGACAAUACAGCUGGCCACGUCUAAAAUAAUUCAUUUUGCACUACUGAGAAUUGUGAGUUUUUUUCAUUUUUCCAUAAGAGACUAUAAUAAUUUGGUAUCAUGGUUUUAUACAGCCCAUUUACAUAAAGCCAUCCAAUGUCCGUCUUGACGUAUGUACAUGUAAGGUUAUUUGAUUUACGUGCAUUCUUUUAAGGCAGUGAUGGGCAAACUGCGGCUCUCCAGCUUUUGUAAAACUACAAAUCCCAUCAUGCCCUGCUGUAGGCAGACUGGGAGUUGUAGUUUUACAACAGUUGGAGAGCCGCACUUUGCCCGUCCCUGUUUUAAGGGGUUCUAUAUAUUGUGUCCUUCAUUGGCAUAAAGGAAUUCAAAUAACGUAAUUCUAGUUUUUUUUUUUUUUUCUCAAUGAAUGGGUUGCUGUUAAACUACAAUGUCAGUCAGAGGCUGCUCUUAAUACAAAGGUGUUUUUAAUUUUUACUUUAUAUAAUAUUUUUCUUGGCUGUUUUCAGAGUUGAAGGGCUAGAGGGUUUUCUUAAAUUAUUAAUUUUGUGUCUGAGAGCAUCAGCUGGGUAUGUGUAUAUGUAUUAUAUACAUGCGUAAUUCAUUUUAUUAAUAUUGUCUGUACCUAUGAAUUGGCGUUUGUCAAAUAUAUCAGAAAAUCGGGUUGGUUAAUUGUCAACCGCAAAAUAUAAAAACUACUGAACUGUGACCAUAAAGUUUCCCCUGUCCUUCAUCUUGUGCCUAUAUCAACCUGAAUAUUAUAAUCGGGCCUGGCCUUCGGUGUCUUGAGCUGGCCAUACACAUUAAUAGCUCCGGGUCCCGGCUUCCCAUACACACUCUGUUCAGCCAAGUAUGUGGUGGUGUCAAUGGCGAAUGAAGAAAGCCCCGGCCAGACACUUCUAGCGGUGGCUUAUCUCCUGAGAAAACUAAGGGACUGGAUGAAACGAUACCCUUCUGAUCCUUCUCAACCCCGACGUCCUCUGUUCGGCGCUCCCCAUACACAUUAGACUGCCAUGGGGCCUGGCAUUCAGUAAGGGUGUUUGUACGCCUAUCCACAGGUGCUGUGCAAACUAAAAUGUUGUAUGCAACACUUUCUUUCCUUUUUAGUGAGAUUUAAAACCACAGGUGCCCAGGGAUCGAUGUCUGACUAUUGUUCUUUUUUUUCUUUUGAAAUCUCUUAUUUCAAUAAUUUAACAUUGAAUCAAAAGCACUGAACUAUUUUUUAUAUCUUUUUGUUUUGUAUAUAAUGUAUAUUUAUAAUCAAAACAAAUGUAAAUAUGUACUGUCUUGUUAACAUGCUACCAACAAAGUUUGAGUUUUAUUUUAUUUUUUUUCUAAAAUGAAAAACAUCU